CUUUCACAAGCGACUCUGUUACACACAGAUAUAGAGAGAGAAACAAAGAGACGAGAGAGAGAGUGACAACCUGUUCAGAUCUGCUGGUUUUUAUCCUUAGCUCAUUGUUUAAUUCAUUCACAGGCGUUCAAUGCGAACCCUUCGAAGGACUCAAUCUUUCACCGAGUUGGGCUCUCACUGAUCGUCCGUGUCAACCCAAUUCCAAGUUCAAUCUCUCUCUCUCUGUAUCUACCUGUUCAAGGCCUUAUCAGUUAAAACUUGAACUGGGUUCAUUUACAUUUUGAAAAAAAUGAUGAUCUGUGGCAUGAAAAUGGUGAUUUAGGCGUUGCCGGAGCUCCGAAGUUACAGAGGUUUUCCGGCGGAACUCCGGUGAACCCUAAUUUCGAGGAAGACGAUGUGAAAUUGAGGCUUAAAGGAGAAGAUGUUCAAGUCGGCGCUAUGGAGGAGCGAGAAGAACAAGAUCAAAUUUGUUUUCAAAUUACAGUUCCAUGCGACUCGGGUGACACUGGUGGGAGGGGAUUCAUUGACAAUAUCGGUGGUUCCUGCGGAUGUUGGAAAGGCGACAGCGAGAUUAGAGAAAGCACGAAUUCAAGAUGGAAACUGUUACUGGGAGAAUCCUGUCUAUGAAACUGUGAAGUUCUUUCGGGACCCAAAAAGGGGGAAGUUUCAUGAGAAAAUCUACAACUUUGUUGUAUCAAAUGGAUCAUCAAAAUCUGGUUUUGUUGGAGAAGUUUCCAUUGAUUUUGCGAGCUAUGCCGAGGCCAUUAAACUUUCCUCUGUUUCUCUUCCCCUUAAGAAUGCAAAAUCUGAUGCUGUUUUGCAUGUUUCGAUUCAAAGGAUGCAGGAAAAUAUUGAUCAAAGUUUCAGAGAGACUGAGGCAGUUGAGGAUACAAGACAUAAUUCCAAGGAUAGAAGCUUGAGGAUGCAAUUAAGCAUUAGUGAUGCUGAUGGAAGCAUCAAAAGCAAUUUUACCGAAGAUGGGCCUUUCAAUAAGAGGAUUUCACAUAUUGCUGAGUUGAAUGGGAACCACCGCGCAUCAAGUGGAUCUGAUCUUACAAUGUCAAGUUCCGAGAGCAGCUCUGACCUUGACACCCCUCGGGGAUUCGGACUUGAGAAUAGUAACGUCCAUCAUGAGUCGGUGCUUCAGAAAACAACCUCUGAUUUAUCUACAACAAUUCAUGAACAGCACCAGGGUUCACAAUGGGAAUGGUUAGAAGAGAAGUCCGAAGAGGCUUCAGAUGUCGUGAUUGAAAAGCUCAAAACGGAACUCAUUGCAUUGUCUAGGCAAGCAGAAGUGUCAGAGUUGGAACUACAGACUCUGAGAAAGCAAACUGUGAAGGAAAGCAAAAGAGGGCACGAUCUCUUCAAAGAAGUCCUUAGCGUGAAAGAGGAGAGAGAUUUUCUCAAGGAAGAAUGUGAAAGAUUCAAGGCUUUUCAGAAACGUAUGGACGAGGCAAAAGUUAAAAACAAGUUGCCUUAUGAGGGAGGAGAUCCCCGUGCUCUUCUCGAAGAACUAAGACAAGAACUAAAUUACGAGAAAGACCUUAAUGCCAAUCUUCGGAUACAACUUGAGAAGACACAAGAAUCGAACUCUGAGUUGAUUCUCGCCGUGCGUGACCUAGAUGAAAUGUUAGAGCAGAAGAAUAGAGAAACGCUUAACAUUUACAACAGAUCUGCAACUGGUGAGAACGCUGAGGAGUUGGCAGAAUUAUUGGAAAUGGAAGAUGAUGAAGAGCAAAAAGCCCUCGAAGAGCUUGUUAAGGAGCAUAGUGACCCCAAGGAGGCACGUGCUCUGGAGCAAAAGAUCACGGACCUUUAUAGUGAAUUAGAGAUGUAUAGGAGAGAUAAGGAUGAGCUAGAGGUGCAGGUGGAGCAGCUUGCACUUGAUUACGAGAUCUUAAAGCAGGAAAACCAUGAUCUUUCAUAUAAACUCGAGCAAAGUCAACUGCAAGAACAGCUGAAGAUGCAGUACGAGUGUUCGUCGUCUUAUGCUACCAUAAAUGAACUCGAAAACCAGAUUGAGAACUUGGAAAGUGAACUCCAGCAGCAGUCAAGCAAAUUCUCGGACUCUUUAGCCACCGUUACUAAACUCGAAAUACAUGUCAAGAGUUUGGAGGAGGAAAUAGAGAAGCAGGCACGAGGGUUUGAAGCAGAUCUGGAGAUUCUAACCUGUGCGAAAGUCGAGCAGGAGCAGAGAGCCAUACGAUCGGAGGAAGCCUUGAGAAAGAUGCAUUGGCAAAAUAAGAAUACAGCAGAGAGGCUUCAGGAGGAAUUUAAAAGGCUUUCAGUGCAAAUGACGUCUACGUUUGAAGCAAACGAGAAGUUGGCUACAAAAGCAAUGGCGGAAGCGAGUGAACUGCGGCUGCAGAAAAGUCAUCUAGAAGAAUUGGUUCGAAAAGCAAAGGAAGAGCUUGAGUCAGUCCAGGACCAAUAUGAAGCAACAUUGCACAAACUUUCAAGCCAAUUGAGCUUAAAGGUCAAUCAAAUCGAACAGAUUGAGUCAAAAAUUGAAGAUAAGUCCAAACAGAUAAAACGUGGGGAAGAAAGUCAUAGGAUUCUCUCCCAGGAGACAAUAAUUCUCAGAGCUGAGAUUCAAAGGCUCAAAACGGAGAAUGAUAGCAUUUCUGUUGAUGUGGAAGAAAGAGAAAUUUUGAAAGGUGAACUGGAAAAAAUGAAUACAUUGAUGAAGAAAACUGAAAUGCUGCUACAAAGAGGAAACGAGGAAAGGAAUGACAUGGAAAGCAUGAUUUCUUUGUUGAGGAAUGAAGCAGAGAAGUCAAUUGAGGAACUAAACAUUCUGAGGAACUUAACGUGUGAAAAGGAAUCAAUAAUUGGAAAUAUGCAGUUGGAGUUGGAGACUCUCAAAUCUCAGUACAAUGAAUUGAAACGUUCUCUGUUUGAGGAUGAAUCCGAGAAAGAGAAACUGAUGAAACGGGUGAUUCAGUUAAAAGGUGACCUAAAGAAGAAGGAUGAUGCAAUCAGCGGUUUAGAGAAGAAGCUCAAGGAUUCCAACAAUCGGUCGACUGCCUUGGAUGGAACAAAACCUUCUUUGCGGAACAAUAGAUCUGCUUCUGUUCCUCGUGGUCCUAAAGAGACUGCAAAUCUGAAGGACAAAAUAAAACAGCUCGAGGGUCAGAUAAAGCUGACGGAAGCUGCACUCGAAACCUCGGCAAAUUCAUUUUUAGAGAAGGAGAAAGAUCUUCAGGAUAAAAUUGAAGAGUUAGAAAGAAGAUUGGAAGAACUCUGUCAAAAUAGUGCUAGUUUUUAUGAAUAUCAAUUCCAAAAGGUAGCUGAAGUUUCUGAGGCCAUUCCCUCAAAUGGUUGUAUACAUGAAGUGAAAACUAUGGAUGAAAAUUUGAGAAGAGAUCAAGAGAACCUCAAGGAAUUAUUAAAUGAAAUGGCAUUACUGAAGGAGAGGAACAAAUCAAUGGAAGGUGAACUAAAAGAAAUGCAAGAGAGAUAUUCAGAGAUAAGUCUCAAGUUUGCAGAGGUAGAAGGUGAGAGACAACAGCUUGUAAUGACAGUACGGAACCUUAAGAAUGCAAAAAAGAGCUAAAAAAAAAUUUCCCAUGAAACUGGAAAUUGGAAACAGUUCAUAGAUAAAGCAUCCCUGCCUAAUCAUACGUAUAUUUGUAAUACAUUUCUUUUUCUUUCAGAUACUUAUUGUGUUCCUCAUUGGAUAAAGUAUAAAAAUACAAAUAGUUUCCCCAUAUAUAGGUAGGUGUGCCUUGGCCAAAAAAGGAAAAAAAAAAAAAAAACUUGCCUCGGUGUCUAAUCCUUGUUCUUUUUGUAAUCUUAUUAUAGCUUGUACGGAUAAUUAUGUCAGUUCUAUCAUUUAUGUAUUCUUUCAAUUUAUGUGUCGAAAGUUAUACAAAUUGGCUUCUUUUUA